AGGUCUACAUAGUCCUAAGAGCAUUUCACAACAAUAGUUUAACCAAAAUUUGGAGGGUACACAGAGUGAAUUACAGGGAACUGGAAAAAAGAAAAUACAAUAAAGCGGACCGGUACUCUCUCUAGACGAAAUCAACACUAGUCAGUCCCCCCCUCCCCCUCCCCCCGCCCUUUAAGCUCAGCUUCUUUUCGUGUUACGCUCUUGGAUGGGUAUUUAAACAGCAGUACUUUUUCCGUGCUGCUUUUUAUUAAGCGGGUAGCUUUUUCUUUUCGCCUGGAUGCUUACCCCAGUUCGGUCAUCUACGUUGGAAUUCACUGAAUCCCAAACCGUGUCAAAGGGUUGCCAAGCAACAAAAAUGUAUGCUGUCGCGACAACUUUUAGAGUAUUCGCGAAUGAUCUUACAAUUGUUUGUAGAAUAGAAUCUAAAGAAUGAGAAAAUCUUCGAGCGCUUUCAAGGAUUUGUUCUGCAGAAAGAUAGGACACUGCUGGUUGGUUUUGCACAGAGUAAGAAUUUGGUGUCAAAAUUUCACAAAGUGUUUACACUGCUCAACUUUGCUGUCUUCCCAAACUCUCUGCCGUAUUUGUUCGUAUCACGCUAUGUAAACACGAGAUGAAUAUUAAAAAUGCAAAUUUUUCCAUCGUUGAAUAUUUCUCAUCGAACUUUUGUCUCGAAAGCACUGUUAUGCUGAACUGCUUUCAGUUAAGUAGGUAGCUUGGACAAGUUUCUAUGUCUCUUGUCAAAAGAAUUCGUGCCCGAUGACAUCUCAAAUUCUGUCGCUUUUAUUUUGUUCUACAUCCGGACAUCCAGAACCCAAAUCUCUUCCCAAAUCGAUCUUUCUCCUAUUCUCAAUUGGCACCGGUAAAAUUAUCAGCCACUAACGAAAUUAUGGGAAUGAUAUAUACAUUUACAAAUGUCAUUUUAUUGACACGCAUGAAAUGUGUGGCAUAAGUCAAACAUGCGUGUCACACUGUUUUGGGGUCCGUUUUAUAGUGGAAGCAGAACACGCUGGGAAGAAAACUUAAUCUUUCAAUUUCUUGCUAUUUUUGUCGAUAUUUGAAAGAGAGUUCAUUACAUUUUAAAUCACACAAUUUAUUUUGGAAAGAAGCUGAGAAAAGGUCAUUGAUCGAAAAUUUCUAAGGCAACGAACUGCGCCCAAAUGAACGAACAUUAAAAAAAUAAGAACUAUAAAUAACUGUAAGAUGAUCUUUGCAAUUUUUUCGCGUUAAUAGGACACUCAAACGUAAACUGAUUAACUGAACCUCAGAUGACAAAACCGAAGUGGAUUUUUCUUUUAAUUUUAGUAAUUGAAGUCCCUAACAUGGGAAAAAACCUAGCACUUCAUAGUCACUGUUUAUACUUGUUUACUUUAAGGUCAAGCUGAAAUUAGUUUUCUAAGUUAAGUAGCGUUAUUGCAUAUAUUUGUUGUAUUGUUUAGAGAAAAAAAUGUCUUUUUGCCCUCGCGUCAUUUGGCACUAAUAACUUCUGUCGCGUCGGCGGUCCGUAGAGCCCCUGCAGAUGUUUUCUGGUAAAACAAACUGGAGAAACGAUGACUAUUAACUCGAAAUAGUAAUAUUAACACGACUAACUGUUCAUAUAAACUCGCCAGAAUACACAGUUUUAUGCUUAUGAAGUUACAACACUCAAAAAAUUAUGUUUAAUUUUCCGAGAAACGUCGGUAAAUUCCAUUCAACCAACACGCAUAGAAUAUUUAUUCAAGAAUUUUAAGUAUAUGUGUACACUGGUGGAAUAAUGAACACUUCUGCCAGUCAAAUUGUUCGAAGUUGUUUGCACUACGAAUGCUGUUCGUGCCUUUUAACACACAAGAUCAUCAAACUUGAUUGAUUGGCGUGGAAUUAAAUACCUUGUAAAUCCAUAACUCAAGCGCUUGGAUUACAACCCUUUGUCGACAGACGCACGCCACAGUAAGGACGAGAGAAUUAGCAGUUUAGUUAUAAGCUUUCUGGUCUUUGUAUUGGUGCGAGCGAUCGAUGUCUCGUUCGCCAACCUAUGUGGGUCGGCUGGACCCCCAGUUUCGCCGUUUUGUGAACGUUUUGAGCGUCUAUCCAACGUCACCGACAUCCAGUUUACAGAGUUUGAUCGACGACAAAGAUGAAGCGGCAACAUCGUUGGCUUCCAGCUCAUGUUCAGGGGAGAAAUUUCCAGAAUUCCUUACUGUCGACGCUUAUACAGACGAAACUUGGCCGGAAGCACAGGGUCAGAGAGAAGUUUCUGAACUUUUCCUGGAGUACGUCAAUGUUCUCAGCAGUGGAAGUGAAUCGUCACUUAUGACUGAUGAUAAAGAGAUUGCGACAUCAACUGCAACUUCAAGAAGGCGGAAAAAUCCACAAAACGGAAGUUACUCGGGGCAACAUUCCAGUCAAGAAAUAAUUCCGGACGAUUCUAUUGUAGAAGAUUCGGUAUUUGAGAGUGAUGCAUGCAGUGAAAGUUUCUACGACGAAAAUUACUGUUUACAAAAGCGACCUGGUGUGUCGAACAAAACACAUCAUUUCAAUCGCCCGGUAUCGGGGUCUUUUUCGAGUGAGGCUGAUUCGGAAAGAAAUCACACAGACCGCAAUGAAGCAGUCGUGUCUUUGAAGGAUUCUGGUGGCUUUGGACGCUUACCCGGCGCUGGAGCGUAUUCUCGUAGAAAGGAAAAUAUUAGUUCAGUCCCCCGGCUUCGUGGUCAAGAGGUCAUCUCUAAGGGCCCACAGGACACGUCACGCCACAUGGAUGUCAGCCUCGAUGAUUCCUACUCUGUAGAUUCGGAAUUAUGCUACAGUUCAGAUAUUAUAGAGGAUGACUGUUCUUCCACAAGCAGCGCUGACAGCAGCUUUGUGUGUUUUGCGCUUGUUGGUGAACAAGAGGACGCGAAAACGAAAAGAAAAAUCGCGUCAAACGUCGGCCGGAGAGAUCGCCACAAAAUGCACAGAAGCAGGGACUCUUCUAGGAGAGGAGAACCCGAUGGAAAAGAGCGCGAUCACGGAGUUAUGGCUUGUGUGGUAACUGGAAUUUCUGGAGGGCCCGCUGUGAGAGUGUAUCGCGAUGACGAUCUCAAGAAAUCUGCUGCAAGGCCCAAGCUAAAGAGAAGCGAAAUAGAGUAUCUACGCGAAGCUAACGCUUCAAGUGACGGAAAAGAGUUCGAGGCUGAUACGGCCGACAAAGAUGUCUCUAAGGGAUCGCAAUUCCCACUUGUGAGAAGUAAAGGAAGAAGUCGUGGGUUUGUGUUUGGAGUAUUCGGAACACCAGAAAACCCUGCUUUAGAGGAAGAAAAAAGUACCAGCGUUGAUGUAAACGCGUUGAAUCCAGAGAGCGGGGCUUCUAGUGGUGACGUGGAAAAUAUCGGCGCUUACAGGAAUCGUUUGCCAAUGCUUCCUGGAAGUGACUUCAAAAGCAAACCCUCAGUCGACGUCGACGAUAAGCGUAUUUACGAACGCAGCAAUGACUUAUUAGCCAUUGAAUGUGAUAUUCCCACGGAUAAUAUGGUGGUGAAAUCGAAGGCAACUGAAAAAGCUCUAAUCGGGUCGUCUAGAGAAGAGAGAAUAGAUGACAUUUCCAUUGGUAAACCGUCCCCAUCACCAGAAGAAAUCUUUCGGUCAAGCCCAAGUCAUUGUAACGAUGAACCGAAGUCGCUGCCUUCUCGUGGAAGGCUUAAUCAUAUGGUGGAUGUGAAUGAAGAUGAUAAACGCUUACCUUCAUCUAAAAGUGUAACAGAAGGUGAAGAUAAAGAACAAGCUGUUCCUUUACAGAAGCACUCUUCAGGGUUUAUAGAGGGUGAAGAUAAAGAACAAGCUGUUCCUUUACAGAAGCACUCUUCAGGCUUUAUAGAACGCAAGAGAGACGUACGAGUAAAAGCAAUCAGCAAGUCUGUCCAAAACAGAAGGCCCCGGAGAAAACGAAAAGAAGAUGAGCAACAUCGGAAGGAACACGAUAAAGUCAAACCACGAGAUGAGAAAAAGUUACCUGACGAAACAGAUCCAGUUGACUCACAAAAUGAGCACGAUUUAAAGAACGUUACAGACUGUUCUGCACCAGAUAGAGAGGUAAAGAUGACUAAACUCUCACCGCCUUGGGAUUCUGCAAACCGCUUAGGUAUUGAUUCUCACAGGGGAAAGCAAGAUUCUAAAGCUACUGGAUAUCUCGAACCGGGGACGGGAAAUUUACGAGAUGAAACUUUGCUGAUGACUGAUGAAGUACAGCGAAACAUUUCCGAUGGGUAUACUGCCGCGGAAUUUAAGACCGACUUACUGACUCCCGUUAAACAAACUAUCCGUGAAUCAAUCGAAGCCGGCUUCGUGGACAAUGGUACCAGUGGCGAAGAAUUAAAAACGAGACUGAAAGAAGACGAUCAAGUGUGUCCAGAAAGUUGGAGCUGUGGUGUAUUUGGGACUCAAUUGGAAGGACACAAACAACAACAACCACACAAAGAUCAGAGCCUCGCAAUGGAAAUUGCUGAAGGCCUUCAAUCUAUGUCAGGAGACUUUGUCAUGAAAGAAGAUUUGCCAGUUUAUGACUCAGCCAUUGGUCACAGCCAAAUAAUUUCAAAGAAGGAUUAUUCUGUUUCCAUCUUAGAAAACCAAAGGGAAAACAAUUUGGCGAUGAAGAAUAAUUCCGGCAGCAGUCAAAACCGUAACACUGACUAUGGUUAUUUUUUUCAUGAUGUUGAAAGUGAGCCUAAGGACAACGAGAGCUGCGAUCCUAUCGUCCAUGAUAUGAAUGACUUCUCUGAUGACCACGAUCGCGCAUUUUCUGUACAUGAUGCUCACUUCGUUUUGAAUUCUCUUUCCGAGAGCAGGAAAAAUGACGAUGUAUCUCUUAUGGCUGGGAUUCAGGGCAUAAGUACGGACGAUAGUGUAGAGACAGUCAACACUUGUAAGCCAGGUAGUACAACUGACCAAGAAAGGGAAGUGCGCGAUACCAACCCAGAAUCUCAGGUGUCUCUCCGGAAUCCUUGCCAGCCAAUGGAGCAAAGUAUUGCUGAUCACCAUGGUGAAAACGAAGAAGAAAGUCUAAGCCAACUAAGCGAAGAUGAAGCAGUUUCUCAAAUUUACGGCUCGGCGCAUAAAAAACGUACCCCUGAAGCAAAAAGGAAAAAUCCUGAGGACCAAAAGCAGCAAGCAAAGUAUUCCAAGAAGAUGAGAAAUCUUUUGGAAGCAUCACAAAAGGACGGCAACUUUCGUUCGCAUUCGAAUGACAAAUUCUCUGGUUACAGCGGUACAGAGAAAUUAUUUUCAACGAAAGAGGCUUUCAAAAUACGUGAAGAAAGUUCUGGAAAAGCUGUUGAACUUCCUGUUCGUUCACUGGGAGAAGGACAGCCGUCGAUCAAAGAAACCCACGCGUUCACAAGCAAAGAAGAGAGUAAUACGAAGCCAUCAGAAGUAGACGCCAGUAGAGGAAGAGCAAUUGAAAGUGGCCAUUCCAGUACCAUGGAUUCUAUGGAAACGACAAAAACUGUAGAAAUGUUUACACCCGACGUGACGCCAAUAGUAAUAACAGCUCAAGCCUAUGUCCUCAUUAACAACGGCACGAAAAAUAUUUCGUAUGUUCCAGAGUUUGACGGGAGUCAUGAUGUCGCGCCAACUGCAGCACAGGAAGCUACGAAAUAUGAAUCCCAAGGUUUAGCUACGCCUGAGAUCAGUGGACAUGAUGAUUUCAGUUUUAGCGGCCUUUCUUCCGAACGAUUCGCGGACGAAAGCCUAGAGGUCAGAGCUAACGUUUAUCAGAGUUCUCUGUCAACGCCUCCAUGUUCGAAAAGUAGCAGCCAUCCUGAUAUCGAUGAAGUGGUAGGUGAAAAGACAGCAUCAAAGGUGGAAGGUGAAGUCCAGCGAACAAAUCUAAUCGACAAGAACAAAAUUGCCAGUGGGGAUGACCCAAAAUGGAUCCACUUACCAUCAAAAGAGGAAGAUCAAUGUCUUUCUAUCCCGUCAGUUGAAAAGGUGGAAAAGGAAAACUUAGAGCUAAUAAAAAGGGAUCGCAACAAGGGAACUAAAAUGGAUCCCCCUAUGUCUGGUGGCUCAGCUGCUGGGUUGUAUGACACUCUAGAUGUUUCUGUAGAGGAGAUCAACGUUUUAGUUAACAAACCUGAAUCGCUGGAUGGCCAUUCGGAAAGCCUUGACAACGAAGAAAUAAUUCAAAUUCCCACUAAACAACCGAGUGCAAUUACGAUUUUGCCAGACGCUCAAAGACCACAGAAAGUCUCUGAAAUCCUCCUUAUUCGGUCUAGAAAUGACUCUUGCAAAGAUACAGCAGGGAAAUGUGAUAAGUCUCUGCAUCCAUUGGCAGAGACGAUAGAAACACUGCCUUCCGUUUCAGCCCAUCGGCAGGACAAAGAUAACAAUGGUUUAACACCUUCCCCUGGAGGACCCGAAACUAGCAAUGAAGAGCUAUGUGUGAACGAGGAUGUUUGUUUUGUAGACUUGGAUGCCAGUGAACACUCUCAAGAUGGAACACGGGGUACAGUGGAACUGAUGUCUGACGAAGCUGAUCUGUGUUCUACGAAACCUGACUCUGUUAGCAAUGAGCUAACCGACGAAGAGAAUGCCUUUCCCGUAGAAAGUGACCUUGAUUUACGUGAGGGUGUAUCCCGUAAAAUGAAUGUAACGGAUAACGUCCUUAUCUCGGAUGAAGGAGAGAAGAGACACCAUGAGGUGGAAGAAGCGGUUUGCAGCUACCAAGAACCAGAGGAAUGUCUUUCUCAAAACGAGUGGAACUCUCUUAAUCUAAUCAAUGGAGUGAGAAAUACAGACGCAGAAAACAGCACGAAAAUUGAAAGAGAUGCUAAAACUGAUGUAUGGCAUUUGAUCAGCCUACCAGAUGGGACUACUCAAGCAGAAGUUGGCGAGAUGAGUAAACCAGGGGGUGGAAUGCGAGAGCUCUAUGUGCAUGUCAGUGAGACACACGUGGGCGAAACAUUUACAGGAGCAUGUUUGGAGGAAACGGUGUUCGAGCUAAGUGAUCGAGACGGUUUUCCUCUUGGAUCGAAGACCGUUAACAAUGAUGUCCCUGAUUGGAUACCGUGCAAUCAGUUGACCCAUUGUGGCUGCCUCCACAGGUAUUUACACCAACGUUCCCAGGAAAAAGAAAGCGAUGGUAAUCAAGAAUCAGCUGUCUUCUCAGCUUCUUUGCAGAAACUUGACACACAACCUAGCUUAGAAGGUGCCGAGGACGCGGAAAUGUUGAGCACGUUCAAAGUAAACGGAUACCAUGCUAAUCCUUCAGUCCAGGAGGUCUUUGACCAGCAGUGUCAAGUAGAGCUACUGAAGGAAUGCAUGCAACCAGAGUACAACACAAAGGAAAGCCAGACGUCAUUUUCGUCCUCCGUUAUGAAUAAGGAAUGUCAAACAAAUGAGUCCACUGACAUGGAUAUUCAACCAGAAGCCUUGCAGCAACAAAGCAUUGAGUGUCGAACGGAACUACCACCCAAUUUCUACACUAGUUGUGGUGUACAGGUAGAGUGGGAAAAUAUUCAGAGAAACAGUCAAAGUCUAUGCGCUGACCAAGACUGCCAAACCGAUUAUGAACUUAUUUUGACGUCUUCCGAGCAAUGUCAGACACUUUCGUGCACUGAAGACUCUUCGCGUUUUUCAGUUGAUCACAGAAACGCCAAUUUGCAUGGCGCUGAAGAGUCUUAUAAAGUUUCCUUUGAGAACAAGGAAUGCCAGACGUCUGAAAACUACCUAUUUUCAAACCCUAGCAGUGAACUUUCAAGUAAGAAGGUUGGAUCAUCUGACUUUCUUCCUCUUGCGAACAAAGAAUGCCAAACAUCACGUGACAUCCUGCUAGCAACGUCUUCAACCCAGUGUAACAUAUUACCUUCUCGUGGUGUAGAAGAAGCGUUAAUUUCCGAAAAAGCCAAACCACUCCGGCUCCCUUCCUGCGAGAGCAAAGAGUGUCAAACAUUACUCGACGAAGACAUGAUUCUUGCGACGUCAAAGCACUGCCAGACCUCCUCAUGGCCUCGUGCUCCUGAAGAGACUCCGGUGGAUCGCACUAACGUAGGGGACGAGGGCGGAAUAUUGUACGAGAGCAAAGAAUGCCAAACAUUGUCCAACAGCAGCCUACCACUAUUAUUAUCAAAGGAAUGCCAGACACUGGCGGAAUUUGCAUCUGAUAUUCCAAACACUCUCAAAGGGUUUAAGGCUCAUCCGAUUGUUGCCUAUAACAGUAAGGAAUCCCAAGCGACGCCAGACCCCAUGAAUGACUUAGAUCAUCCUUCAUUUGAGCCCUUUGAGGGUAUAGAAGUAGAAUUCAGUGUUCAAAGCACCCAGACUGAAGAUACUUCUGAGAGAGUCACACCACCACCCUCUCAUAACAAAGAGAGUCAAACAACGCCCGAUCAGGAUCUUCUCCUCUCAUCUUCAAAGGUCUGUCAGACGACCGAGUUAAAACCCGUUACUAUUUAUGAGAACAGAGAAAGUCAGACACUACCUGAUGGGGAGAUGUUCCUCAUAACAUCAAAGGAAUGCCAAACGAUGCCACAUCAUCUGGAUGACCUAGGUUCUGAGCUUCCAAAUGAUCGAUCUGAAGAUAUGGACUUAUCCAACGAUGCCAAUGCCGAGGUGUAUUCCGAGAUAUGCACUUCGCCUCAAAUGACAUCCCGUCUUCGUCCUGCUACUUAUGGGAAGAGCCCUGAGACUAUUGAAAAAUCCUUUUUCGAGUUCCAGGCAGAAUUCUUUCAGACUAACAUUGAAUUAGACCCCAGGCCAGUAGUUUCUUCUUUGACAGUAGACGUCUCGGAGAAAGGUUGCCAAACCAUGUUGUGCAAUUGUAGCAGUUGUGCUGAUGAAAGCAAUUUUGCAAGCGUCUCGAGAGAUACUCAGAAAGGAGCGGCCAUGCGAGUAUCAGAAGGCAUGCAAAAGGAACAAGCGAGUCUCAUCAAGCAGUUGGAUAUGUUGAGGGAUAUGAAUCAAAAGCUUAGGGAUGACAAGGACGCUAUUGAGGCUGCGCAUGAAGCGAUGUUAAUGGCUAAAAAAGAGAGAGGACACAGUCUCAGUGAUGAGAUUGAAGAAGCUGAGAAGAAAACCAAAGUGUCGCGCCAGGGCUCGCAAAUGUCUAAGUAUGUGAAAAAGAGACGUGCCCCUCCCGCCGAGGAGACCUGGGGCAACCAAGGGUCAGUGGAGUCUUUUAGUGGAGAGGAAGUGGACGGACCUAACAACAGAAGCGACGGUACACGAUCAAGAAGGCGGAGCUCUAAACGGCGUGACAUGAAGAAACAAGGUUCCGUCAUGUAUUCGUAUUUGUCAAACAAUAGUCAAGGCUCUGUGACCCUGCAUGAUUCCAUUCAAGAAGAAGCUGAGUUUGACGGCGAUCCAACACUGGAAAUCAUCUCGGACGAGAAAUUAAAGGAACUCGAACAACCUGCGUGGGCCAAAAAAAUACUGUCUUGUGUACAACCUAAAGAAAUUGCAAAGGAAGAGGAGGAGGAAGAAGAGGAAGAAGACCAGAUCGGGACAAGCGACGAAGAACUUGAAGAAGAUGUGUUUAGGAAAAGAAAAGCUGAAUUAACAUCUGGCGCAGCACGGAGUAGAUUAAAAGCAGGAGAAAACGAGUCGGACAUGUCUUAUUCUGAAGGGUUAAGUGGAGAGACUGGGAGUGAAACAGACGACCGACCAAACUCACCUCGCGCGGCGCCUGUUGGCAAGGACAACGAAAUGUGUCGCACAGUAUCACAAGACAUGAGUGAAGCGUGUGCGUCCACCAUUAGUGAACCCGCCACGCCAGAGAGAGUAUUUAAAGUAGUGUUUGUUGGCGAUUCCGGUGUUGGAAAGUCGAGUUUUAUCCAUCGGUUUUGCCAUGACGCUUGGAAACCUUCAUUCACCGCAACAAUAGGGGUCGACUUUCAGAUAAAAACGAUGUGUAUAGAUAGCAGAUGUAUUGCGUUGCAACUUUGGGACACCGCUGGCCAGGAAAGAUUCCGCAGCAUCACUAAGCAGUACUUCAGAAAAGCAGAUGGAGUCAUAGUCUUUUAUGACGUCACCAUGGAAACGUCAUUUUUGAACAUCAAAAACUGGAUGAUAAGCGUCGAGGAGGGAACAGAUGACGGGACAGCAGUAAUGAUUGUUGGUAACAAGACUGAUCUUGUUGAAGACGACAGUGAACGAGCAGUCAAGAGUCAGGAUGGAAAGAAGCUAGCCGAGGAAUACAAAGCCUUGUACACCGAAACAAGUGCUAAAACAGGCUACAAUAUUCAAGAAUCCAUGGCAGAAUUCUCCAAAAUGCUACAAGUUCGAGAAGACGAAUUAAUGCAGAGUGUAUUGAAUCUUGUGCAUGAGCCACAACCUAAAAAGAAAUGCUGCAAAUAGUCGUUGGAUGGCGUCGCCAGGCGGAAGGAACCGCUUGGACGAAACAAGAACUUCCGGCCACGAAGCCACAAUGAUGAUUCCUUAAUUUCCGUUCGCGUAGAAGCAACAUCCAAGAGUUUUCUUGCCAAAAUUUAGCGAAAUUUUCCACACGCAGCUCGCUGGUUUGGUGCUACAUAGACAGAGGAACACACCGAGAGAAGAAUUUGCCUUCCUGGGAGAAAAAGAAAACAGAAAUACCUACCUUAUUAAAUGAAAUUUUCGCGACACGUUUAUUUCGCGAUUUUGCAUGAGGUGCGCAUAUUUCGCGACACUUAAAUUCCGCGAUUUUGCGAAAAUGUACUUUAAAUCACUUAAACUUCGCGUUUUUAAGUAGCACACAAUUUAUUUCCUUGGCAAUGUUACUUUAACAUGUCCUUGGAUUUUGUAAACUGGCUUUAUCAAUAUAAAGGUAUACAGUAACGUCAAAACUAACAAACAUGCAACGGCGGAACUAUUUGUCAACAGUAACAUAAUGUGAGUCACUUAAUUUUCGCUUCAUGUUCUGUUCGCGACACUUGUUAUUCGCGUCACUUUAAUUUCGCGAUUUUUUUAGUCGCGAAGUUAACGUGUCGCGAAAAUUUUAUGUGAUAAGGUACACUGUAGGAAACCAUUUUGUUACAAAUUGUACAUUCAAAAGUUUUUCAGCACGCGUGCCUUAGUUGUGUAUAUUUUACUUGAAUCAACAAAUAUCGUUGAAUUAAGAGAAAAAAAUAGACGUUUUAUUUAAGGACAUUAUGCUAUUUAUAUUAAUAACUUAAAAGGGCAAACAAAGCCUAGGGGAUUUAAAGUGUGAUUUGUAAAUACUUAAGAGAGAGACAUCAAGGUUCUUGUUUUGUGUUUGUGGGUGUUCAGUAAAUGCUGUUGUUCACAAAUCAUUGAAGCGAUUAAUUCAAAA